CUGCUUUCAGCCACAGGUUCCCGUUGUGUUGCAUCCUGUCACUCUUGUCAGAGUUACCACGACUUACCAGGCAGGUUGCUGCGUAAAACUUUCACCAGUUAUGAGUCGUAGAAGUUCUCGCCUGGUUUCUGGGGGUUACUAUAAUUCUGAUGAAGACUCUGACUCGAGUAACGUGACAAGUAUAUCCUACCGCGAGAACCCUGUCAAGGUUUUCAAGAAGAGGGGCACGCCAAAGACCCGUGUUCCUGUCAAAGACUGCAGUGUUCCUUCUGCUGCCAUUGAGCCCCCGGUCACUACAGACCAGAAUGUUGGUGAAAAUUAUAUGGCAUCUUGUUACUAUGAAGGUAGGCCAGGAUUACUUCGAAAACCUUUCCAGAAGGAGCUGAGUCACGUUGGCAUUGACAGUUCAGGUUAUUCCUCCUCCGAGGGCACUAGCAGGAAACCAGCAGCAACCGCCAGCAUCAGCAAUGCUCCCAGUAAUGGAUUUGGUGUGAGGUGUCGUAAUAUCAUCUUAAGAGUGAUGGGUGUAAACUACCCAGUGACUUCCAUCUCUCCUGUGUGCCACUGUGUAGACUCUGUGCCAUUGACAGCUGCAGCAGCACAAGAAAGAAUAAUGCAGCUGGCUGCUUUAGCUGCUCAGGUGUCAGCCAGCAGCCGUACAAAGAAGGCAUGUGGCUUUUUUCUCCUCCUCAUCAUUGUCAUUCUCAGUCUUUGGUUCCUCCUUCCCUUCUUGACCUCCUAUAUCUCCCACAUGGCUGCUGUGAAGACCUCACCACAGACACAACACCAGAAUCAUCCAGAUUCUUCUGCCUCUUAUCCUCUUCAACCUAACACAGUGAAGGCUACAUGUGUUGUGGAUCCAGCCAUCAUAUCUGCUGCUGUCAAAGAAGAGAUGAACCAUCUUCUGAGCAAGCUGCAGAUGAAGCAGGAAAGCCUUCUUUCACAGAUGCAGCUGGACAUUCAGGAUGUCAAAACUAAGCUGAAGGCCUUGGACUCAAACAGCCAUCAGGGUCUGGAAAAAGAGAUCGCCUUGUUAGAGAGACAAAUGACUGAUUACCAGACAGAGAGAACCUCUGUUGACGUGAGACUCAGCCUCAGGAUUCAAGCUGUUGAGGCAAAAAAUGCUGAGCUAUCUCAGGAGUUGUUGUCCAUCCAGCAGAGUCCUCAUGCAGAACCCUGUCCUGAUAACAGCACUGUGCCCAUCCCUGGCCAUCUGACUCCAGAACUUCAACAGGCCUUGGAGAGGUGGCUCGCAGACCGCGUCAAGGAACAAGAUGUGAUCAGGUUGGGUGACCAACGGCGGUCCUCAGACUGUGGACGUCCCAUGGCUGACAAAAUGGCUGACUUUGCCCUGGAGUCUCAAGGUGCCAGUGUGGUCAGUACCCGAUGUUCUGAGACGUACCAUAUUCGUUCAGCAUGUGUGACCCUGUUUGGCUUCCCCCUGUGGUACCCGUCUGAGAGUCCACGCACUGUUAUUCAGGGCUACCCGGUGCUGCUCCCAGGGAGGUGCUGGGCAUUUCACGGAGUCCAGGGAACUCUCGUCAUCUCACUUUCUCACCCCAUUAGAAUUAGCCAUGUGACAUUGGACCACCUGCCGCGCUACAACUCGCCCACUGGUCGCAUCGACUCUGCACCUAAAGACUUUGAGGUCUACGGGAUGGUCAACGACAAAGAAGGCAAUCUGCUGGGGAAAUUUACUUACGAUAAAGAUGGAGAUCCGACUCAGACAUUUGAGCUGGUUAAACCCAGCGAGGUGGUCCAUCACUAUGUGGAGUUGCGUGUCCUCACCAACUGGGGUCAAGUCGAGUACACGUGUGUUUACCGCUUCCGUGUGCACGGAACGAUGGCCUCCACAUGAGCUUUACAGUGCCUUGAACACAGGUCCAUAUGUCAGAAUGUAUUUAUGCGAACAUCUAUAUUUACACACACAUAUACGCAACAACAACAACUUUCAAGCUGCAUAUCAGCUUAUAACAGCUGGGGAUGCACUUAACUGAUACAAAUGCAUAACCUCAAAUUGAAAUACAAAAAACACCAAUGAAUAUAAUUCAGUCAUUGUCCAUCAUUGAAAUAUCCAUAUGAUAUGUUUGCUGUCAUCUUUAAACUGGUCAGUGAGUUAUGACUUUUGAAAAGAAGUUCAUUGCUGAGAAACAUUAUGUGUGUCGACGCUCAGGUUUGAAUCUGAUUAAAUAUUUAAUUGAAUGUCAAUGAAAGUAAAAUUUGUACAGGUGUCCAAAUAUUGUAUAUUGUGAUAAUUACGAAAUAAUUUGAUUAUGCUUAGUUUCUUGUAGGGAUGGGUAUUAAUAAGAUUUUAUUGAUCGAUGCCAUUAUUGAUUCCUCUUAUCAAUCCGAUUCCUUUUUGAUUCCCUUAUCAAUACCUCCUGUGAAUUUUCUGUGCACUAAAAGGAGGCUUUACAGGUUGUCUAUGUCAAGAACAUUUUAUUGAGUCUUAAAGUAAAUAAAUAUGAAAUUGGUCACUGGA